AUGAGAUUUUACAUCGGUACCCCUCCCGUGGAGCGUCUUGCUGUGGCAAACACAGCGAGUGAUCUCAUUUGGGUACAAUGUUCCCCUUGCCUAAGUUGUUUCCCCCAAGACACCCCAUUGUUUGAACCCCUCAAAUCUUCCACGUUCAAGGGUGCCACAUGUGACUCACAACCUUGCACAUUACUCCAUCCUAACAACCGUCAUUGUGGAAAAGUAGGUCAGUGCAUAUAUUCAUACGAAUACGGUGGCAAAUUUGCAGAAUCAUUCACCGUUGGAUUAGUAGGCACUGAAACCCUAAGUUUUGGUUCCACGGGUGGUGCACAAAACGUUUCAUUUCCUAACUCUAUUUUCGGGUGUGGGAUGAGCAAUGAAAUCAAAUUUCGUUUUAGCAACAAAGUCACGGGUGUAGUGGGUCUUGGGGCAGGGCCACUGUCACUAGUGUCACAACUAGGAGCUCAAAUUGGUCACAAAUUCUCCUAUUGUUUAGUUCCUUACGAUUCAACUUCCUCUAGCAAAUUGAAAUUUGGGAGUGAAGCAAUCAUAACCACAAAUGGGGUUGUGUCCACUCCCCUCAUAAUCAAACCCAAUUUGCCUACCUUCUACUUUCUCAACCUCGAAACCGUCACCAUUGGACAAAAGGUGUUGCAAACGGGUCGAACCGAUGGCAACAUAAUCAUUGACUGCGGGACACCCUUGGUGCAUCUUGAAGAGACCUUUUACAACAAUUUUAUGGCAUUGGUGCAAGAGGCCCUUGAUACUGCGUUAGUGACACAUCAUUCGAUACCACUCAAGUGUUUUGGUAGAACUGGCCGUGAGGUUCUUCCUGAUAUUGAACUUCAAUUUACCGGAGCUAGUGGUGCAGUGAGAUCUAAGAACCUUUUUCUUCCAAUAACCAACCUGUUUUGCUUGGCGGUGGUACCCAGCCAAGUAAGUGGAAUUUCCAUCUUUGGAAAUAUUGCACAGGUUGAUUUUCAAGUGGGGUACGAUCUCGAAGGGAGGAAAGUUUCUUUUGCUCCUACUGAUUGUUCUAAAUUUUAA